AUGAAUAAAGAGAAGGGACUGCUGGAUAAUACUGCAGUAUCCACAAUCAUUGAAAACUCUACCAAAAGCGCGUGGAUCGGUCUCUAUUGUUUCGAGAAUGAUCCAGAAAAGUGUUCAUGGGAUAGUGAAAAUGGUAACGCUAAAGAAUACAACAAUUUUGCAGCAAAUUUCCCAUACAUUGAAAUGGACAAGUGUGUUUACUUCAAAUCAUCUGGAAAACUAGCUGGCAAAUGGCUUAGCGGAGAUUGUCAAGAAGAUCAGCGAUCAUUCGUCUGUGAGAUUCCAACCACCAGUUUCGAAGCUCGUGCUUGGCCUGGACAUUAUUACCAAUGGGUGGAUGAUUCGAAAUUUGAUUAUUUCAAUUUUGACGUUAAAGCGGAAAAUUGUCUGACCAUGAGUCUCAAAACCACAGUGACCAAAACAUCAGGCUUUUGGUAUGGCACCGAUUGUCUUGCAACGGAACAUUUCUUGUGCAAAAGGUGGAUUGGGAAGGAUUGUGAAUCAUCUCCAUCAACCGUCGCCCCAUUGGAAUCAAAGGAAUAUUACUCGUUUUUCAUGAAGUCUGGAACAUUCUCAUCGCCUAAUUACCCCAAAAAUUAUACUGCUAAUUCUACCAGUGUUUACAGUUUAGCGACACUUGGCUCUCAAAAAAUUCGCCUGACUUUUAAUGAAAUUCUAACUGAACCUGAUUACGAUCAGAUUCUCAUUUAUGAUGGAGAUUCUGUUGAGAGUCCAUUGAUCGGAAACUUCAGCGGAGUUCAUUUCAAAAAGCAAAUAGAGUCAUCUACUAAUAAUUUGUAUAUUACUUUCAUAACUGAUUCAACAGUGAAUUCAUUCGGUUUCACUGCCAGUUUCCAAUCAAUUAUUUAA